AUGACGAGCCAACAAAGCAGCUGGUGGUCCCGAGUAAGCGGCACAGGCAAGGUCGGCUUCGACAAGGCCUGGAACCUCGUCGACAAACUCGGUGCUCCUGUAAACAAACUGAGCAACAAGCUGGGCUCCGAAGCCUUCUGGCCCACCACCCUCGACAAGGAGAGCGACAAGGCCGCGCGCAUUCUGCGCAGUUUCUGCAGUGCGUCCAAUCCAUUCCAAGCCUGUACUGUGCUUCCCACUAACCACCCCGUUCAGAGNGAUGGCUUCUACCAAGAAGAAACGACAACUGCGACUACCGACGGCCCCAAAGCGAAGCAAAAGGUCCUUAAACACAUUCCACCAGAAGUCAUCAAGAAUGCAAAAGGUCUCGCCAUCUUCACGACAAUGCGCACCGGUCUCUGGGUCUCGGGUGCCGGUGGUUCCGGUGUCUUGGUCGCUAGAACUCCAGACGGCAGCUGGUCGCCUCCUUCCGGCAUCAUGCUUCACACUGCCGGCCUCGGUUUCUUGGUCGGAGUCGACAUUUACGACUGUGUAGUCGUCAUCAACUCUCAAAAGGCCCUUGACGCCUUCUCCAAGAUCAGGUGCACUCUCGGCGGAGAAGUCAGUGCUGUCGCUGGUCCUGUAGGAGCCGGCGGCAUGCUCGAAACCGAAAUCCAUAAAAGACAAGCUCCCAUAUUCACCUAUCUGAAAUCGCGCGGCUUCUACGCUGGUGUUCAGAUCGACGGUACCGUUGUCAUCGAAAGAACCGACGAGAAUGAGCGCUUCUACAACGAAAAGAUCUCUGUUGGUGACAUCCUAGCUGGCAGAAUACGCCAUCCGCCUCUCGAAUGCCGCCCUCUCCUUGAGACUAUCAGAGCCGCUCAAGGCGACAGCAACGUCGACCAAUCUAUUCUUCCAUCCGCCCCACCGCCUAGUGACUUAGAUAUUGACAAUCCCGACCAUUUUUUCGGCAUUCCUGACAAAGAGGACCCCGACCCGUACGGUGUCCUGGCUCUCGAAAAAGAAGGAAUGAGCAUUCGCGAAGCAGGAACACAAAAACGAGCCAGCUGGGAACAGUUUAAUUUCCAGCCUGCUCCUACUAGCCCUAUAUUCAACACCUUUAGUCGCCAAAGCUUGGACAAGAAUGGCAACCGCAACCGCAGCAGUAGCAAUUCUACCUGGAAGACGUCUAACCUCUCGCAAACUGCCAUUUCGACUGCUAGCACAGCAGUCGAGCAGCCUAAGCGCGUCAGUGUCACACGUUCCAUGUCAGACAUGUGCACACAAACAGACUUCCCCGAGCCCAUCAGCCCACGCGUGGGCAGCUUCCGCAGUCGUCAAAGCAGCCUCCACGAAAUCGCCGAAGACAACACUGUUGUUUCUGAGCAGCGCCCCAAAGUUGCUCGCAAUCCGAGCUCGCAUUCAAGUCGUUCAAGCCCGAGACGUUCCUCGUUCCGUUCGUCGCAUCGCCGCACUGACAGUGGCAGCGACUCCCGCUCAGACUCUCCACCACAACAAGCAACUCCUGCGAAACCUGAACACAAGGACAUUGCAGAAGAAAGCUUCGAUGAGGUUGAUGGCGACGGUGAGGACACUGCUGACGAAGCCAUUAUCGAAGAGCCUGUCGUGCACUCGGUCCAAAAGGCUACGGCUCCUCAGUUCAUCUCUCGUGCUCGUCUUGUCGAGGUCCCGAAGCGUAUCACACCAAAACUUCCUCCUCGCAACCCCAACCGCGGUAAGGGUCCAGUUGUUAUCAACGCUGAAUCUGGAGCCCAGCGUCCUUCUUCCACAGAGCUAUCAAGCCCUGAAGAGUCACCUCUCAAAACCAACAAGCCUGACUGGAGCGCGCCGGCGAGUCCCAACAAGCUAGACGCCGACAGCCCUGGAUUUGCAGACCCCACUCCUAGUCCUGGCGAGGAACGAAACCCCUGGGGCCAGAUCUUGGAACAGCACAGAAGAAAUGAGAGUAAAGACUCUCUCGACAUGCCUGGAACGUUCCACUCUUUGCCUGCAACACCGGAUGAGACGAGAGAAGGCGCUCAUGCAUUCUAG